GAUGCUUCCUUGUUCUAACCAAGAAGGCUCCAAGAAACCUCCAUUAGACUCAAAAUUUUCCACCCUUUAUAAUCUCCCUCUUCACUCUUCAUUUUCCACUCAAUUCUUCCAUAUUUUGAAACAAGAAAAAAAAGAUUCUUUCUUCUCAAAAAUUAUUUUUCUCUCUAAAAUAUUUAAAUGGCUUCUUCUUCAUUAGAUUUGAUCAGGCAACAUCUUCUUGAUGAUGUAGCUUUUAUUGAAAAUUAUUGUUCUUCAUCAGAAACAAGUAGUACCCUUUAUUCUCAAAGUUCAUCUACUUCUGAAUCUUUAGAUUCUUUAGUCUCUGAUCUCAAAACUGAAACCAAAUUCUCGUUUUGUCCUGAUUUAAUCUACACAACAAAUAAUACAGCUCAAAGUUCAAAUCUUGAAUUCUCCGGUUUUUUCAAUAACUCGAAAAUAGAACUCAAUUCCUCUGAAUUGCCAGCAAAACCCCAAAAGAAAAAAAGCUUCAAUGAAAGAAAACCUUCACUGAACAUUUCAAUUCCAUCUGUCAAGAAAACAGAGCAAAAAACAGGGGCAUCAAAAACAGGGGAACUGAAAACAGAGUACUCUGUUUUGAAAACAGGGGAAAAUUCGGAGAAAAAGCGAUAUAGAGGAGUCAGGCAAAGGCCAUGGGGGAAAUUUGCAGCGGAGAUUUGUGACCCUACCCGAAAGGGUACUCGGGUUUGGUUAGGAACUUUCGAUACUGCAAUGGAUGCGGCCAUGGCAUAUGACAGAGCGGCUUUUAGACUCAGAGGGAGCAAAGCAAUCUUGAAUUUCCCACUUGAAGUUAGUACUUUUAAACAAGAAAAUAAUGAAGUGGAGAAAAAAGGAAAUUUGAAUUUAAAUUCUAGUGGGAAGAGGGUAAGAGAAGUGGAGAAUCAUGAAGACGAAGUGGUGGUGAAGAAGGAAGUGAAAAGAGAACAAAUGGUGGCAACUCCAUUGACACCUUCAAGUUGGUCUUCAAUUUGGGAUUGUGGAAGUGGAAAGGGUAUUUUUGAGGUGCCACCUUUGUCACCAUUAUCACCACAUCCAAGUUUUGGUUACUCUCAACUUUUGGUUUCAUAGUGAAAUGAAUACAAAGUCAACUUGAUUGGGUAUUGUGAAUUAUGGAGCGAUCUUAUUGCUACGAUCUACUGAGAUUUAGCAUUUUGUACUUAUAAUUCGUCACUCAAAAAAAAGAAAGAUUGUGAACAAAAAAGAAGGAUUGUGAACAAGUAUUUAGAAAAUGACGAAGAAAAUGGACCAAUUUCAAAAGAGAAGAAAUUUAAAAGGAAAAAUGAAAAAAAAAAAAAAGGUAUGAGAUGAUUUCAAGUCCAUAAAAGAAAAAAAGGGAGCAGAAGAGAUGGGGUCCCUUUUGGGAAAUUAGAUGAAAAUAUUGGAAGAUUAGCAUAUUUUCUAAACAAGGAUGAUAAGUACAUAUCAAGAAAUAUGGGGAGAUGGGAAUGGAAGUGUUUUGGAUCAUGCAAAAUUUGUUUCUUCUUUUUUAUUUCAUUGAUAAGCUUUGUUUCAUGUAACUAUGAAUUCUACCGAGGAAUUUUAUUUGAUUGGUUUAUUUAAGAGGGUUCAAAUA